AUGACCAUGUAUCAUCCCCAGACCUUGUUAUACCUACGGGACCAGUGUAAGUUUAACAUGAAUCAUGCAAAAAAAGAGGAGCUCAUACAGGAAGUCAGCGAGCUCCUAUAUCGCCGACUGGACACCUCUACGCUGCAGGGAGAGUUCCGUAAUAUCCUCGAGCUUCACGUGCAGCAGCAACUUGCCGCAACUGGAACAGAAGGACAGAGUGUGGAGCAGUUCAUCAGAUCCAUUCCACAGCCUCAGCCUCAUCAACAAAACGACUUCUCCAGCCUUGGAAUCCCCGUCCAGGGACGAAACAGCUGGGACAACAUUUUUGUCACCAGUAUCAGUGCCAGCGCUUUGCCUUACACACAGACCAACCUGCACCUAAGUAGAGAGAUAUCGGCUCUGAAGGCCCAACUCCUAGAGAUGAAGAACAUGAUGAAGAACAGCUUUGAUCUUCAGAUGGACAUCCAGAUGUCAAUCCGACAGAUAGUUGCUGCUGGCAUCGCAGCUGCAUCAGGAAUACUUCCCACGGCAACCGCAGCCCUGUCCCGCCCUGUGAAUGACACACACUGUCUGAUCUGCCUCGACAAUCACAGCAACUCUGUGCUGUACCAAUGCGGUCACAUGUGUGUUUGCUUCCCGUGCGGGCGACACCUGAUGGACCGCGGUGCCAAGUGUCCCGUAUGCCGGGCACCUAUCAGGGACAUUAUUCGCGCGUACAAGUGCAACUCGGAAUAAAUACGGUGAUUCAUAGGCUGCGAAAGUAUCAGUUGCUAUAUAAGGGGGUGACUUAUUAUGCUGUGGCUGUGAAUAUU